CGCCCGGGCUCGGCGCCGCCCCCGGAAGCGAGAGCGGAGGGCGGCGGGCGGGAAGGGCCCGGGGGAGCUCUCGGAGCCUCGCAGCCAUGCCCGCCUUCAGGCAGGUGGGCGAGAAGCAGCUGCCUCAGGAGGUCGUGUUCAUGUGCUGGUCCCCCAAAAGGGACCUCAUCGCCCUGGCCAACCGGGCGGGGGAGGUUUUACUUCAUCGGCUUGCAACUUAACGAGUGUGGAGUUUGCCUCCAAAUGAAAAUACAGGAAAAGAAGUGACUGCUCUUGCUUGGAGACCAGAUGGCAAAAUUUUGGCUUUUGGCCUUGCUGAUACCAAGCGGAUUAUUCUGUGUGAUGUAGAAAAACCUGAAAGCUUGCACUCCUUCUCUGUGGACUUAUCUAUUACAUACAUGCAUUGGAUGGAAGUAACUGAGGAAAGCAGUGUUCUCACUUCCUUUUACAAUGCUGAGGAUGAAUCAAACCUCCUUUUGCCUAAAUUACCAGCCCUACCAAAAAAUUACAGUACCACUGCAAAAAUUUUCAGUGAGGAAAAGUCAGAUGAGAUUAUGAAGCUUCUGGGUGAUGUCAGGCUUAAUGCUCUUGUCCUUGGUGGCAGCUCAGGAUUUAUUGAGAUUUAUGCAUAUGGAAUGUUCAAGAUUGCUACAGUAAAUGGGGUGGCAGGUUCUUGUCGUGGACUGUGUUUGUCUAGUGAUUUGAAAUCACUGUCAGUUAUUACAGAGAUACGAGACUCUUCAGACAGUGAAGCAGAGAUAACGUAUUUUCAGUUGGACACUAGUCUAUUAUCAAGUUACUUACCUGAGGUAACUCGAAUGGCCCGGAAGUUUACUCACAUUUCAACUCUGUUACAGUAUAUAAAGUUGUCAUUGACGUGCAUGUGUGAAGCAUGGGAAGAAAUACUGAUGCAGAUGGACUCACGACUCACAAAGUUUGUACAGGAAAAGAAUACAACCACUUCUGUUCAGGAUGAGUUUAUGCAGCUGUUGUUAUGGGGCAAAGCAAGUCUGGAACUUCAGGCGUUACUAAUGAACCAGCUGACGGUAAAGGGUUUAAAAAAACUUGGUCAGUCCAUAGAGUCUUCCUAUUCCAGUAUACAGAAGUUAGUCAUAAGUCAUUUGCAGAGUGGCUCUGAGGCUCUGUUAUACCACUUGAGUGAAUUGAAAGGAAUGGCUUUAUGGAAACAAAAAUACGAGUCUUUGGGAUUAGAUGCAUCUGGAAUUGAAGAGGCCAUUACUGCUGUUGGUUCUUUCAUCCUGAAGGCGAAUGAGCUACUUCAAGUUAUCGACAGUAGUAUGAAAAACUUCAAGGCGUUUUUUCGGUGGCUGUAUGUUGCGAUGUUGAGGAUGUCAGAAGAUCAUGUGCUUCCAGAGCUGAACAAGAUGACUCAAAAAGAUAUCACAUUUGUUGCUGAUUUUCUUACUGAACACUUCAAUGAGGCACCAGAACUUUACAAUCGUAAAGGAAAAUAUUUCAAUGUGGAGAGAGUUGGCCAGUACUUGAAAGAUGAAGAUGAUGACCUUGUAUCACCACCUAAUACAGAGGGAAACCAGUGGUUUAACUUCCUUAAAAAUAGUACUCAUCUUAAAGAAAGCCCGCUUCUGUUUCCCUACUAUCCUGAGAAAUCACUGCAUUUUGUCAAGAGGCAAAUGGAAGGGAUCAUUGAUCAGUGUUUACAAAAGCCAGCAGAUGUAAUUGGAAGGUCAGUGCAUCAAGCAGUCUGCUUGUCUCUCUACAAAAUUUCACAAAGUGAAGAUUCCGCACCUCAGUUAUUUAAACUACCAUUUCUGUGGAAUGACAAAACAUCCAAUAUACAUUAUGUCCUCUUCACCAUACUAGAAAAUUCUAUUUCUAAAAUACACAUUUUGAGGAGACAUACUGACACUUCCAGGUCUGUCAGUAACGGGAUUCUUGCAGUGGAGUUUGGAAACAUCUUGAACAACAGUAUAAAUGAGAGCUCAGACUCCAGAUGCUACAGUUGUUUGGAUGCUCACUUUUAUGAUGAUGAAACCGUAACUGUAGUUCUGAAAGAAAAUGUGGAACAAGAGGGGAAGGAGAGAAUCUUGGCUCAGCUGCCCUUAUCUUCAGUAUACACAGAUGAGGACCAAGAUAGGAAAUUCAUCUGGGAUUCUACGGAAAGGCUGGAUGAGCGGAGUGGUGAGAUACCCACAUGUACUGUCUUCUUGGAGAAUCAGUGGAGAGUACUGGAGAAUAUGAAAGCUCAGUAUGUUUCUGUAAAUGGCAUUAGAAAAGUGUCUUGUGUGCUAAGUUCAAAUCUCCGUCACGUGAGGGUGUUUGAGAUGGAUGUAGAGGAUGAUGGGGAAGUUGAGGAAGAAGAGGAAGAAGAAACAACUCAGGUUGCAACUGGGGAACCCGAUGAGCUAAACCAGCCUGCAGAAAACCAGGACAAUAUGUGUGGUGCUUCUGCUGAAGAACUACCUGAUGAAACUGAAGAACAUGAAACUGGUCUGGAUCCUUGACACAGGCUUUGGUCAUAAUAAGAGGACAGGACUGAACUGUAAAUAUUUUUUUAAUGGCACAAAGAAAUUGUGUAUUGAAGAAUGAACAGAAAAUAUUAAUAACAAGUUCUGACUCAUCCUGGCUGCUACAAUAGGCAGGGACCUUAUUCAUACAGUCCCUGUGUUUGGGGGUGAACUGGAGUGAUACGUUUAAAAGAUCAUCUAACUAGUUAGAAAAUAAUCUAACUUCAGGCUGCUGAGAUGAUGGAUCCUGUAUCUCCUGAAGCAGCUGAGUCAAGUCAGAAUUCUGUGUUGCUUCUCAGCUAAGACUGUAUUGUAGGGAACCUUUAUUGACCCUUUUCUUUCUGGCACAUGUUUUGGUGUCAGCUAAAAUUCUUUGAAAGCUUUUCUAUUAGCCAUUUUUGUAGGUGAGGAGAAAAAUACCAACUGAUGUUUUUGUAGUUAACCUGUUCAGUCCCAAAUACUCUUAUAAAAUAAACUCGUAUAUGAAAAGAACAAAACUUGGGGCCUAAUCUUUGCUUCUCAGACUUUGUGUUCUAGUAAUGGGUAUGGAAGCUUCCUGUAGAACCAAAAUCUAAGACUGCAAAUCAGCAUAAGACUAGUUAGACAACAAAAUUUAGCAGUCAUCACUUGAAUACUUGGUUUUGAAAGCUCUUUUGGUAACAUCAGUCCUCAGUAACAGCAUUUCAGUCUAUGCAGCUCUUGACACCUCAGCACAGCACUUGUCUGUGCAUGCAUGAUUUGUCAAAUGGUUGCAUUUCUCAGCCUGCCUAGUUUCUGUGAGUUUGUUCAUGAAAGUCUGUCUUCUCAAUUUGGAAUUUUUUGUAAUGUAAAAUUACAAUAGACUAUAUUUUUUUUAUUCUGAUGUGGCAUUGUAUAUCAUGUGCAGCCCCCAGCAUAAUCAUGUUGCUUACAAUUGAUAUAUUACUGUAGGUGUGAUGUAGUGCCAAGCAGUAGAAGCUAGAAAUAGUGUUUAGAAAUCUAAAAUGUGUUCUUCUUCCCUAUUAGCUGUCAUUCUUAACUGAUUUAAAACUCAUCUCUUUGAAUGAACAAUGCUGCUAAAUGCAUGAUCUUCCUUCAGAACAGUAAGUGUGCCUUGUGUUUGUGGAGAGGACCAAGUCUUAUGCAUGUGCUCCAUUCUGUACUUUGAAAAUAAAGAAAUCUUUUGAAAUUGC